GAAUAAAAAAAUAGAGUUAUAGUUUGUUGUUAAUUGAGUUGUUAAAUGUGUUAAUUUGAAAAUUAACUGACAACCACCAUUAUCAAACGAAAGUGAAUUUUGAAUUCCAAAAAAAAAGUAAAAACCAAAAAAAAAAAAAGAAUAUAAUUUCAACAAGGAAACAGUCAUAAACUUCUCUCCACCUUUUUAAAACAAAGAAAACAAGAUGCCAAUGAGAAAUAUAAAUGAAAAUAAGGAAGCAGAGAUUUUUGGUGAGGUGCAACAUACGACCAUUGACAUAACACCCGAAGUGAAUAUGGUUCAAAGCCACAUAAUAGAAGUAAUGCCAGCAUUAAAUGGAAAUGGUAGAACCAAAAAGAAAUUAUCUUUGACAGAUAAUAUUGCAGUUAUUGAAAUAGAUAGCAAUAAUCUUUACAAUCACCAAACUGAUAUAAUGGCCAACUAUGAUGAUGUUAUGCAAAGAGCCAGAACGGCAUUCGCAAGUGGAAAAACCAGAAGUUAUGAAUUUCGCAAAAAACAACUGGAACAACUUCUCAAAAUGUACGAAGAGCAUGAGUCUGAUAUGGUUAGCGCAUUGGAAGCCGAUCUACGCCGUCACAAACAAGAAAGCAUUAUUGUCGAAACAGAACUGAUGAAAAACGAUGUCAAUCACAUAUUGUUUAAUCUUAAAGAUUGGAUGAAACCAGAAAAGCCUUCAAAAUCAUUCGUUAAUUUACUAGAUGAUGUUAGCAUUUAUAAUGAUCCCUUUGGUGUUGUCCUAGUAAUUGGUGCAUGGAAUUAUCCAUUACAAUUAUUAUUGGUACCUGUAGCAUCUGCGAUAGCAGCUGGUAAUUGUGUUGUAAUCAAACCCAGCGAGAUCUCAGCUAAUUGUGCUAAAUUCCUCGCCGAAACGAUACCUAAGUAUCUGGAUAAUGAUUGCUAUCCAAUUGUUACAGCCGGUCCCGCUGAAACUGCAGAACUUUUAAAACAACGUUUUGACUUUAUUUUCUACACGGGCUCAACGAGAGUGGGAAAAAUUGUACAUGCAGCUGCCAAUAAAUACCUUACUCCUGUCACAUUAGAAUUAGGUGGAAAGAGUCCUUGUUACAUCGACCAAAGUGCAGAUUUACGAAUCACAACAAAACGUAUCCUCUGGGGAAAACUUAUCAAUGUUGGACAGACCUGCAUUGCCCCAGAUUAUAUUCUAUGCUCAAAAGAAGUUCAAGAAAAAUUUAUUGCUGAAGCCAAAGAAGUAUUAAAAGAGUGGUAUGGAGAGAAUCCAAAAGAGAGUCCCGAUCUGUGUAGAAUAAUAAAUGCCAACAAUUUCCAACGCCUACUUGGAUUGAUGAAAUCUGGAAAAGUGGCCGUGGGUGGAAAGUAUGAUGUCACAGAACGAUUUAUCGAACCAACAAUUUUGACUGACGUAACCCCCGAUGAUGCAAUCAUGCAGGAGGAAAUCUUUGGUCCCAUCUUGCCCAUUUACAAUGUAGAAAAUGCAUACGAUGCAAUCAAUUUUAUAAAUUCCAGAGAGGUACCUCUGGUUUCGUAUAUUUUCUCCACGGAUAGCCAAGUACAAGAUCUAUUUGUUCAUGGAACACAAUCGGGAGGAAUAUGUUUGAAUGAAACAAUCAUGCAUUAUACUGUUGAUACACUUCCAUUUGGAGGUGUUGGAUAUAGUGGAAUGGGAUGUUAUCAUGGAAAAUAUGGAUUCGAUACAUUCACACACAAAAAAUCGUGCCUAGGAAAAAAUUUCAAUCCACUUGGAGAAUUUUUGGCAUCUGGACGUUAUCCUCCCUACUCUGAUCGCAAGGCCACAAUUCUUUCUAUGAUCCUCAAAAAGCGAAGACCAUUCCCCAACAUCUAUUUCUCACAUCUUGUGGCGCUUGGGCUUGGAGUUGGUUUGACUCUGUUAGUGAAUAGUUAUCUACAGGGAAAAUUAAUGUCUCGCUAAGAAUCCAUUUUUGGUGUAUCUCUGCAUCAUCGGCAUUUGUAUGUAGUUGUUCAGCUACAUUUUACAAAUUUAUAACACAAAAAUGUAGCCAUCAUCAUUUGACUCACUGUAUAACCAUUAUAAGUGAAAAAUACGGAGCCAUAUAAAAAUUUGUAUUAAAAAUAAUUAAAUUUUUCAGUAAUUUGUUGUAAAAGUAUUUUUUGUAAAGUUUAUAGUAUUUCUUUUUUAUUUUGUGUGUUUACCUAAUUUUUUUUUUUUGAAUUUUUUGUUAAUAAACUAUUGAGUAUUUGGCGCGUUAAUUUAUUGUUAAACUAACAGCAUUAUCCUAAGGUGCCUCAUUGUAAAAAUGUAUUUUAUUUUUGUUGGGAAAU